AUGAAAGGCCAGUCUGAUAAGACGAAGGUGGUCGUGCGGCGCUUGCCGCCGACGAUUUCUCAAGCAACGCUGAUGGAGCAAAUCGAUUCCUCAUUUGCUGGUCGCUACAGUUGGGUCGCGUUCCGCACCGGCAAGAGCAGUCAGAAGCAUCAAUCAUAUUCGAGAGCCUACAUCGACUUCAAAACACCAGAAGAUGUGAUUGAGUUUGCUGAGUUCUUUAACGGGCAUAUGUUUGUUAAUGAGAAGGGAACUCAGUUUAAAGCUGUCGUUGAGUAUGCUCCCUCCCAGCGUGUUCCAAAGCAUUUAUCUAAAAAGGAUGGACGUGAAGGCACAAUAUCAAAGGAUCCCGAGUACCUACAAUUCCUUGAAGCUAUUUCGAAGCCCGUUGAGAACCUUCCUAGUGCAGAAAUUCAACUGGAAAGAAGAGACGCUGAAAGAGCUGGUGCUGCAAAAGAUGCUGUUAUUGUUACACCACUGAUGGAAUUUAUCAGGCAAAAACGAGCUGCGAAGAAUGGUUCACGGAGAAUUUUGGCCAAUGGGAAACCCAGCAGAAGGUCUCUUGCAAGUGGAAGUCCUAGCUCAUCAUCAUCAUCAUCAAAAAGGGGUUCCGACAAGAAGAGGACUUCAACAAUGUAUGUUUUAAGGGAUUCAACGAAAGGUGCAAGUGGAAAAGAUAAAUCUACCUACACACUGGUUUCCAAGCGAGAUGAUCAUCAAUUGUCUGGCAAAGUUGUUACAUCUGCUUCUGGACCUGAAGGCUUGGAAGAUAGAAGUGCAAUUGCUGGAAUGACUGAUGGAGGGAAGAAAAGGAUCCUGCUUCUGAAAGGGAAAGAGAAAGAAAUUUCGUCGGUAUCAGGUGGUCCAAUAUCACAGCAGAAUGCAAUAUCAUCUGAAAAACAUGCUACUAGUUCUGGCAAACAGAAUCACCGUCGUGAACCCAGUGGAAGGAUCAUAAGGAGUAUACUGUUAAAAGAACCUCGUCAAUCUUCUGGUGCACACUCUGAGCAGCAAAUCCAUUCUUCACAUGUAGAAAGAGACAAGCGUCCUCCUCGUCCUCUUCAAGGCCAGUUAGUUUUGAAGGAUGCUAAUGGGACCCCAGAUGACAGGGUUUCUGCGAACAACACACACACUUUUCCUAGUGAAAAGCAACAUGAUAAGCGGACAAGAAAUAAGGAUAGACCUGAUCGUGUUGUUUGGACUCCACUUCGCCGGUCCGAUGGAUCAUAUGCGAGUGAUGAGUCCUUAGGAUCUCAAUCUACUGUUUCAGGCAUGGAUUUUUUUCAAGGAAGUGCUGGAGAUGUGAAAGUUGACAUGACUUCUAGGAGUGAAGUAAAAGGACUUGGAAGUGGUCGAAACAGUCAUACUUCAUUGGACAAUGGAUCGCAUAAGCAUUUUGGUCGUCGGGCACCCUCUCAUACCCCAAGGGAUUCUGAUGGAUCAUCUGUUGAGGUGAAGCCCGCUAAGAAAGUUGCCGCUGCUGCUUCUAUUCAUGGUUCUCAUGAGUCACAGAAGCAAGUGUGGGUUCAGAAGUCAAGUUCUGGUUCUUAG